AUGAAUCCGAACAUUUUUGAUACAAGCUCAUCACAGAAGGAUACUAUAAUAAUUUUACAUCGAUAUGCAACGCUGUCUAUAAAUUAUUUGUAUACAAAUAGCUAUGACAUCUACGUCAUUUCCAAUUUAAACAUCUUCGAAAAACAUCUUAGGAGACAAUUAUCGCAGAAUAUACAUGGAAAAGUAACCGUAAUAACAGUUCUUAGUGAUAUUGAAGCAUUUAUACGGACAAUGGCAUUUCUCAAUUCAUUUGAUAACGACGAAGGAAGGCUACAAAACAAGAAUCAGUUCGCAAAAGAGUACGCUUAUUACUUAAAAGAAAUGCAGUAUGAAGAUGAUACUAGCGGAUACGAGUUAGAUGAAACGGAAUUGAACUUUCCACCCGGGCAUUGUGAUGUACCUUUACCGUUUGAAUUAGUUGUGGUGCUUGAUAAUGUGGACCUUAAGAACGAUCACUUAUCACCCAGAAGCGUAUUCUUACAACAAUUACUUAGAUUCGUAUCCUUAAAACAUGGCGGUACAUUUGUAUGUACAUCGAACACACAAGCACUCAUGACAAACGAGAAAAUAAUUUCGAGUUUUUUGCUGCAAAUUGGUCAUCACGACAUAACCCAAACCCAACGAACCCAGCAGAGCAGGCCUGAGCCAGUUGCUAUUUAUGAAACGGAUCAGAACGGGAAUAACGGAAAUUUGCAAGUACGUCUCUUGUCACCGAAGGGAUGGGAUUCAUGGAACAAAAUACAAAUAUUGGCCACAUCCGCAAUCCAUGAAAAAGAUAACGUAAAGUACCAUAUACUUUCAAAUGAAAAUGAAUUUAAUAAGCUCAAUUUAAUGUACAAUGCUUAUAUUGACUCUAUAAAUUCCCAUGUUGACCAAAAUACAGCUGAACACCGCACGGCCGAAGAAUACAAGAAUGAUUUAUUUUCAUUGCUAUUCACGGAAUACAACAAUUCCAAGAGAACGCAUUAUAUACAGAAGAAGCAAAGUAUAUCAUUCGAAGAAGUUUUAGAGAAACUACAAUCUGGAUCAUAA